AUGCACCGAGGUACCCUGCCUCCGGAGCUACCGGUGCCCCGCGUCGACGCGGCUUCCCUGAUGUCUCGUGCGCGUUUCUUCAGCGCACUCCUUGCCAUCAACGUUAACGGCACCACCAGACUCUUCUUCACGCUCGCCCAAUGCGGCCAGUGGCAGAUCGUCCAAGGCGUCCUCCUCCAGCUCAUCGUCACCACCGUCGAUGUCAUUCUUAUCACAUGCGUCUUGGCGCUAUACAACAGGAACUGCAUUUUGGUUUACUCGCUUGGCGCGCUCUUCUUGGCCGAGCUCGCGUCACUCUGCUACAUCCUCGCAGUAGUGACCCCACGGCUAACAUACAACGACGAGUGCUACGUCACCUCCAGCCCGCCCGUCUUCCAGUACUUUUGGUGCGCUCCGUCGUUCGCCAUCAUCUCGCUCGCGUUCGAGACUGUGCUCUUCGUGCUCACGAUCGGAAAGUUCAUCGACGCCGUCCGCCAAGGCUGGGGCAAAGGCCCCGUCAUGCAACAGUUCGUCGCCAACGGGACAUGGCUUCUCGUCGUCCUUUCCUUCGCCGGAUCACGGCUCAUCCUCAACCCGCGCCGCGCGUUGACCAUCCACUCCUCCUCCGGCGACAUCACCCGCAGCCAGCUCGACAUCGAGCUCUCGCGCCUCUCGCGCCUCUCCGCGCCGCCCCGGCCGCGCCGCGCGCACGGCAUCGCGGUCACGAUCGAGCGCACGACGACGACGGACAACUUGGAGGCGCACAUCAGCCUCGACUGCGUUCCAGACUCUCCGUGGAGCGCGACGAAGGGCGGGACGCCGACCGAGCGGGAGUCUUUGGGGCGGAGUACGCCUUCGGCGUGCUGCUUGGAGACUGGACAGGAAGAGGUCGAUCAGCCGACACGCCAGACCGCGGGCGUACGAAGUCGGAGCACUUACGAGUCUGAGAUCUUCACCUUCCUGCUCUUUUCUGCCGCGGGGAAUAGGCGAAGAUGUACUUUGACUGAAAGAGCAAAACGCGCUCGGUCCGGCUCUUCGAGGUCUUGGCACUGA